AUGCCAUGGAAGAACGCGUUCAAACCCUCAAACAGCUUCGGAAGAACCAGACCAGCAACCGCACAUGCCUCCUCUCGUCAGACACAGCCGUUGUUCCUUCGAACGCUCCAGAAGAAACUUCCAAGCAAUACAUCGGGCCCCAGGAGCAACCCAGCUUCUACUCCAAACCAUCCGAGGUUCUCCGAUGUACUUGAAAUCGAUUCAACUCUUCAACCGAAUUCUUACCCCGAUGCAAGCGACGACGAAAACCUAUCCGACUCCGCGAGUCGUGACGGGAACGGAAUUUCCCCGGAUUUCGGCUCUGAGAACGACGAAGCCUUCGAUGAAGAUGACGCUCGAGAUACUCGAGAUUUCCGGGGCUGUACUCGCAGUAUCGGGAAGGAAGAUUCAGAUGCAGCUUACUGGGCUCACUGCAGUGGUCGACAAGACAUCUUCUCGUCUGGGGGUACGUAA